AUGAUCGACGAUAACACGAAACGCGAAUUCGAAGCGGCGAUCGGUUUAAAUUUGGCUCUGCUGAAAUUUUCCGGCGUCGUUUCGUACGAGAGAGGGCUCGUCAAUAGAAACGUCUUAGCUGGUUUGGCAUUGUUCUUCUUAACAAUUUUCUCCAUCUCGUACGUGUACGAAUUUGCAACGAAUCUCAACGAUGUGGCCAGUAUGUUAGAAUCAUUCUCGUUGAUCAUCCAGCUUGUAGGGGGGCAAACACGAUUCAUGACUGUCCUGUGGUUUCGCGACUCCUGUCAAGCGAUGUUGAACGUUUGCGAGUACUUCUGGUCGACCCUAAACUCGUACGAGAAACAGAUCGUCCGAAGUUACACGAACAAAGCGAAACUGUUGACUAGUUUUUACGUAGCUAUCUGUGUUUUGACUAUAAUCUUGGUUCUGCUUUCCUCCUUGAUGUCGAAUAUGACAGUCGGGCCGAAACUGAAUUUGGAAAAUGUCACGGUUCGUGAAAACGCGAGCAGCGUCGCUCCGUCGGAAGCGAAUGGAGAACCGUUGAACGCGACGGAGAACAAGCGACAUUUGCCAUACGCGUUCUUCAUCGACGUGCAGGGAACACCGUGGUACGAAGUCUUGUACGUUCUUCAAAUCACGUUCAUGACGAACGUCGGUUUCACCUGUGUCGGCGCGGACACCAUUGGCCCUUUGUUCAUUCUGAUCACCUGUGGAUACUUCGACACGAUACGAUCCAGAAUUGAAAAUUCGCAUUUGCUUGAACCGUCAUUAUCAAUUACAGUAGAGACGGGGACGACGGACAGAGUAGAAUCGUCGAGGAACGUUGACACGAAACAAUUGCGAACCUGCCUGAUCCAUCAUCAACUGUUACUGAAAUUUUGCAAGGACAUCCAACAACUCAUGAGUUUAGUGUUUCUGACACAGCUGUUCGGCAGCACGUACAAUAUCUCAUUGGUUGGUUUGGAACUGGUGAGCGACAAUCCCGACAAGAGUAAGUUCACGGUAGUCGUCAUCAUUAUUGUGCAACUUUUUAUCUGCAAUUGGCCGCCGGACCUUCUUCUGUCGAAGAGUGAAGCUAUUAGCCAUGCCGCGUAUUCGAUACCGUGGUAUCAAUAUCCUUGCAGUUUACGAAACCCGACGAACUUGCUUAUAAUCAGAAGCCAGAGACCGGUCCGCUUAACCGCUGGAAAAUUCGUAGCCCUCUCGCUGGAAACGUUCGCCUCUGUAUCACUCACUUUCUCUCCUCCACUAUUUCCCUUAUUUCCCUCAUUCUGUUUGUUCUUCUUUCUUUUCAGAUGAUAUCCACCGCUGCCUCGUUUUUCACCAUGAUACGAAGCGUAAACUGACAUCAAUUCAUCGAGGAACAACUCAUUUUCUUUCUUCGUUCGUUCAUCCAGCAAUCGUCGCAACGAUGUCGUUAUUUUUCGAACGGACACGAGUAGACAGCUAAUCGAAUAAACAGUUGAUCGAAAAUAUCAA